AUGAAUAAGAAAAUUAUAACGGAGAAACAAAGUAUGCUAUCCUUGAAUGCUAUUCUUAAUGAUUUUGAUGAAUUGCUAUAGAAACAAUAAUAAUAGGAUAAUAGUAUGGAAGAAUGUAAAACAAUUGAUCGUUGGGCUCGAUAUACAUAAUCUAGUAAACGAUCACUAAUGACUAGACGAUUUUCUUAAAUAGAAGAUAAUAAAUAAUAAACAGAAAAUAUCAAAGUACAAUCACAAUUGUUUACUCAAGAAGAUCUAAAUGAAGUGAAGGCAAGAAUACGAUUUGAAUAAAAGACUAAGGAAAUUGAAAAGAAUGCAUAAUUGAAGCCUAGUCAUAAAGCACUUGAAAUGUAAUUUCAUAAUAAUUAACUAGAGUCAAUAUACAUUAAAUAAAGGCUGAAGUCAGAUAGUAAUUAUGCACUAAGAAGAAAAAAGGUUCACCCGUUAGAACAGUAAAAAAUACAUUGCAAAAGGAGAAUAAGAUAAGCAAAUAUAAAUGUUAAUAAUGUAUUCAAUUAUUAUCAAUGGGGUUGCCUACUAAACAUUGUAUAAAUCACUGA